AGUGUCGGCUAGAGCUGGAGCGCCGAGGUGUCGGCCGGCAGGACAGCGGCUGGGAGCUGGGGGCGGGGGUGUUGGUCAUGUUUUCUUUCGGGCCCCGGAGCCCCAGCGGAGACGCGGCGGCCGGAGCUGAGGAGCCGGCGCCCCACGGGGAACAAACGACUACCGCCAGGCCGCCCUCUCCCGCUGCCCCGCCCGUGCCUCAGCAGCCCGGGACUGACGCGGCCCCUCCCCCGCCGGCCGCCCGGAGCCCUCGCCGCCUUGGCGCUCCCCCAUUGCCCCCGGCCGCGCGGGCGGGAGACCUAUCGCCGCCGGGGACUGUGGAAUCAUCUGCCGCCUCCGCCCUGGGAGAGCCCUCACCUCCUUCCCCGUCACGCCGACGUCCCGGGCAGGACUGCAGGGCCGGGAGCCGGGGUCGGCACGGCGUCAGCGCGGGCCUGGGCGGCCCUGGCGCCAGACUGUUCGGGUGGCUGAGAGAACGCAGCCUGGGCCGCGGGCUGUUCGUGGACCCGGCGCGAGACAAUUUUCGCACCAUGACUAACCUCUAUGGUUCCAUCCACCCUGCGGACUCGGUGUAUCUCAGCACCCGCACCCACGGAGCGGUCUUCAACCUCGAGUACUCGCCCGACGGGUCAGUUCUGACAGUUGCUUGUGAACAGACUGAAGUUCUCCUGUUUGACCCUAUAUCUUCAAAGCACAUAAAAACACUUUCUGAAGCUCACGAAGACUGUGUAAAUAAUAUCAGAUUUCUUGAUAACCGGCUGUUCGCUACCUGCUCUGAUGACACUACAAUAGCAUUAUGGGAUCUGAGAAAAUUGAACACCAAAGUAUGCACUUUACAUGGUCACACUAGCUGGGUGAAGAACAUCGAAUACGAUACUAAUACAAGACUCUUAGUAACAUCAGGAUUUGAUGGAAAUGUCAUUAUUUGGGACACUAACAGGUGUACAGAAGAUGGUUGUCCACAUAAGAAAUUCUUUCACACUCGUUUUCUCAUGCGAAUGAGACUAACACCAGAUUGUUCCAAAAUGUUGAUCUCAACAUCCUCUGGAUAUCUCUUGAUUCUCCAUGAUCUUGACUUAACAAAGUCUUUAGAAGUAGGCAGCUAUCCCAUUUUGAGAGCAAGGAGAACUACAUCAAGUUCAGAUUUGAGCACUUCAUCGAGUUCAGCUGGUCCCAGAGUUUCCGGUUCACCUUGUCAUCAUAGUGAUUCUAAUUCAUCUUCUGAGAAGCACAUUUCACGAGCCUCCCAAAGAGAAGGCGUUUCACCACGAAAUAGUCUUGAAGUCUUAACCCCUGAAGUACCUGGUGAGAGAGACCGUGGAAACUGCAUCACAUCCUUACAGCUGCACCCCAAAGGCUGGGCCACUCUUCUUCGGUGCUCAAGCAACACUGAUGAUCAGGAGUGGACUUGUGUCUAUGAAUUCCAAGAAGGAGCUCCAGUGCGACCAGUCUCACCUCGCUGUUCCCUACGACUGACUCAUUACAUUGAAGAAGCCAAUACAGGUUCUCACUAAGUUGUUGAGACUGGCCUCAAACUUGCAAACCUCUUGUCUCGGCUUCCUGACUCACUGGGAUUACAGGUAUGGCUCUGAUUCUUGACUCUCCUGCCUCCCUAUUUCACUUACAGUGAAUACCUUGGGUUCACUGUAUCUUUAAGGAAAUCUUCCUAUUUUAAGGCUGGUUGUGAGCAAACAAUUCCAUCUGCAACUGUAAUUACCCCUUGCUCUGUAACAUCACAUACUCACAGGUUCUGGUUAUUAAGUAUGUGGAUGUUGGUUGGGGGAUUAUUCUGCUUGCUUACUGUGUGCUGAUAGGCUUAGUGUUCUGCUCCCACUUAGUUUUUCACAGCAUUCCUUAAUCCUUAAAGCAUUCUUAUGUAGUAGAUACUAUUAUCCCCAUUUUAUAGAGGAAAAAAAAUAAGGUUUAAAAGAGAUUAAUUUACCUAUAAUCUUCAGAGUUAGACUCAUGCAAGUCUGAGUUCAGGCCCCAACUUUCAAUCACUGAUUUGAUAACUUGUUGAGAAAUUAUCUACUGUAUUUAGCCUGUUUUAGAACACUAUGAUUACUGAUGGUCAUGCUUGCUUGCUGUAAGAGAAACGUAUUGUAGCUUUACUAAAUUCUAGUAUCAGCACAAAAAAGUUGGAAAGCCUCUCCCUAUGUGGUCCACUAAUAUUUCAAGAGUUGCCAUCUGAGAUAUAAAUGCUUUUCUCCCCCAGAUCUGUUCCCUGUGGGGGUGGGUUAUUUUUAGUUUAAAGCUUAAAACUUUCUAAGCUUUGGGUCUCUCUCUCUCCCUCCCUCCCUCCCUCCCUCCCUCCCUCUUACAAUUUUUAAAAACCUGUUCUUUUUAGAUAUAUAUGACAGUAGAGUGUAUUUUGACAUAUUAUACCUACAUAAAAUAUAACUUAAGUUUCUCUCUUGAUCUGAGUGGCAUCGACUAAGAAACCCAUACUCAAAUAGUCGUUCUAUAUACUGGGAUAAUUGUGCAAUUUCCUGGCCCUUGGUGAAAUAAAUACAUAUGUAUUAAGGGAAAUCACCAGUAAUCAAUGAUUAUCUUGAGAAGGGUUAGAAAAGUAUGCAUCAUCUUAUGCUGGGGGCAUAGCUUGUGGUAGAGCACUUGCCUAGCACAGGUGGGCACUGGGUUUGAUCCUCAGCACCACAUUAAAAAAAAUGAACAAAAUAAAGGUUAAGUUCUUAAAAAAAAAAAAAAAGAAAAAGAAAGGAAAAGAAAACAAUGCAUCAACUCUGUUUUCCAGCAUUUCCUGGUGAGUAGCGUGGACAGACUGCAUGUUUGCAUUUAUAUUCUAGGAUAUCUUAGAUCUCAGAAUCAGGUUCUUAUUUUUUUUUUUUGCCUUUGGUACUGAGGAUAGAACCCCGAGGGGCACUUACCCACUGAGCCACAUCCCAACCCUUUUUUAUGUUUAGUUUAGAGAUAGCAUCUCACUGAGUUGAAGCAACUCAGGGCCUCACAACCUUGCUGAGGUUGGCUUUAAACUGGUGGUCCUCUUGCCUCAGCCUCCUGAGCCACUGGAAUGGUAGGUGUGCAACACUGAGCCCAGCUCAGAAUUGGGUUCUUAUUUGACUCCCUUUCCCCCAUAGUAGCACUUAAGACAGUGGCCAGGCCAGGCCAGGCACAUGCCUCUAAUGCCAGCAACUCGGGAGGCUAAGGUGGGAGGAUGAUAAAUUCAAGGCCAGCCUUAGCAACUUAGGCCCUAAACAGUUUAAGUGAGAUCCUGGGUCAAAAAAUAAAAGGGACUGGAGUCUAUGUAGCUCACUGGUUAAGUAUCCCUAGGUUCAAUCCUUAGUACCAAAAAAGGAAAGGGAAAAAAAAUAGUGGCCAGUAUUGGGGUCCUGCCUUAGUUUCAAUCGGAAAUGUACCCAAAGACCCAUGUUUUAAAGCUCACUGUAUCAUUCAGGAGAUCUUCUGGGAGAUGGUGAUAACUUUAAGAGAUGGGAACUAGUUGAGGGAAGUUAUGUCAUUGGGGGUAUGCUCCUGAAGAGGAUAAAUUGGCUCCUAAUCCUGUUUUCUGGCUGCCAUGAGGUAAGUGCUUCCCUCAGUCAUGUGCUCCCACCGUAAGGUGCUGCCUCACCACUGUGGACUGGACCCUCCCAAACGGUGAGCCCACAUGAACUCUCCUCUCUGACUUCCUCUUUUGGUGGUGUUGGGGAUUGAGCCCUGGCUGCUCUACCACUGAGCUACAUUCGCAGCUCUUUUCUUUUUCUUUUUUAAAUCAGGCUUUUUUCUCCCAUGCCUUUUCAUUUUUAAAGACAGGGUGCUGCUAAGCUGCCAAGGGUGGCCUCAAAUUUAGAAUCCUUUCACCUCAGCCUCGGGAGUAGCUGGGAUUUCAGGAUAAGGCACCAUCCCAGCCACUUUUUCUCUUGUUAAAUCAGUUUAUCUCAGGACUUUGUUUCAGUAAUGGGAAGCUAACACAGGCCCCAAACUGCUUCUCCUUGUUCUUGCACCAGGAAUGAGAAGCACCUGCUGUGGGAUUGCAUUAAUUUGCUCUGGCUUGAUCCUGGUCAUGGAGUACUAUUCUCAUUCUUUGAGGAAGAUUCAUGCUCUUCCCUCUCCCACCCUACCCCACCCCACCCCUUUGGGGGAAAGUCUGAGCUUUCCUUUCCUGACAUCCACCAGACUUGUCCACUGAGUUGUCCUCCAGGUGCCUCCCUUCCAGCAGAGGGUGUGAGAAGUGAUGCUCAAUUCUAGCAUGCAUGAGCAGCACCUGGGGGAUUUGCUCUACCACAGGAGGUUAUGGCUAGGUCCAUAUCCAUUGUGUCUGACGUCAUAGGAUUAAGGGGGAGCCCUGAAUUUUGUCUAACCUGUUCUAGGCUGAUGCUAUAAGAGAAAUGUAUUGUAGCUUUACUAAAUUCUAAAAUUUAGAAUUCUGAAAACCAUGGAUAUUUAAAAAAUGCAGUUACGGCUUAGAUUUCUCAUGAAUGAAAUGUGUCCUUGGAAGUCAAUUAGAAAACAGCUUCCUAAGGUUGGUAGUGUGGAUCGUUUGUGUCCCAUUGGCUACCGCAUUCCAGUACCUUGACAGGUUGGCACUUCUUCAGCUGGGGCUAAGCUAUCCCCAGUUGAACAUGUGAUUGAAGUUACUGUGGAACAGACCUGGUGCUCUGUGGCUUCCAAGUCAAACAGAGGAAACAGCAACACACACUCCCUGAAAGGAGCUGUAGAUAGCGGCCCCAGUGGCUAACAACCACAAAUUCAGAAAAGGAACAACUGACACUUUAACCAGGGCAUACACAAUUCAAACCAUUGAGGCCCUGGCCCUGGGUUCUAUCCCCAGCACUGCAAACAAACAAAAAACCCCCCAAUUUUUAAAAAUAGUUGUUUCAUGAAAGUCAUUUAAGUUAUGGAUAUGAGAGUCUGCUGUAUUGGCAUUACAUAGUAAAGGCCCUUCUCAAGAUUAUUUUUUGUUGGGGUAAAAUGAAGGAUCCAAAUCUCAUUGUGAAAGGAUUGCUUUUUAGAAGUUACAUACAAAUUAUCAAACCUAACAUGAAUACAUUGCAUUUAUUCUUUUUUUUUUUUUUAAAGAGAGAGAGAGAAUUUUAAUAUUUAUUUUUUUUAGUUUUCGGCAGACACAACAUCUUUGUAUGUGGUGCUGAGGAUCGAACCGGGCCGCACGCAUGCCGGCGAGCACGCUACCGCUUGAGCCACAUCCCCAGCCCUGCAUUUAUUCUUAAGAGGGUGUUACCUGGGUUUUACUUGCAUGGGUAACAAAUGUAUUUAAUUCACAGAAGAAUUUCCUGGUAUUUGUUGAAAGUUUCAGUGUCUAGUCAGGUGUUAGGUAACUCUCCACCCCUAGGGCAGUUUUAAGAGAGAAUGAAUUAAAAGAUUAGUCUGUGUUUUACCCAACAGCCCUGUCAAAAUCUUGGGGACAGUCUGGGCCUAAGGGGAGACUGCUAUAGCAUUAUCAUUUCUGGGGAAGAUAAGUAAGUCCCUAGGUGAUCAGCCUGUGUUCCCUUUUAGCAAGUCUAUUUCUGUAGUACCCUAUAAUUUCAUGGCAGUGUGACUAGCAUACUACAAGAACUGAACACCUGAUACUGUAUUCUGUAAUAAACCCCCUAAUGAUUUUCUAACAUUAUGAAAAUGUUCAAACAUACAGCAAUAUUGAAUUUUACGGGGAGCCUCCAUUUACCAAGGUUCUUCAUUAACCUUGACUAAGCUUGUUGUAUCAUUCAUCUACUACUCUAGCCAUCCAUCAAUCCAUAUUAAUUUUUUAUGUAUUUUGGAUAAAAUACUGACAUCUGUACCCAUCCUUCUAAAAAUCCUCAGUACAUAGAAGUACACAAAUAUCAAUUGUACCUUGGCAAAGUUUAGACCGGUGAAUUCCAUCUCAAGAUAUUAGAGUACUACCCUCCUGUCCCUUCUCAAUCGGUCCUCACUGUCCAUUUUUUUUUUUUCCACUUUAGAUUUGCCUCUUAUAGUAUCAUAUAAACAGAAUCAUACAUUAUGUAUUUCUCUUAAAAGAAAUUCCUAAGGGGGGAAAAAGCACCUAUGAAACAGAAUAAUAUGAUAAAGACAACAUCUGGAAUCAGAAAAUAAUUCAAGCAUGGAAUAGGUAUUUAUUAUUAUAAGAACCUCUUGACUAUGGCUACAUAGCAGAGGCCUCACAGAGAUGGAGCCAGGCAUGCACACUCACCACAUGCCCCAGAAAGGGACUUAAUCCAGUCAGGGAGUAGUGUCCAUUCAAGGGAGGUUUAUCUUUUGACUUCAGAAUCUGUCUUAAACAGCCAAGGCUCUGUCUGUAGAAUCUUAUAAUUCAAAAUGAUUUGUACUAAAAAGGCAACUUUAUAGAACAGAUACAAGGGAAAUUUGCUAAACAAGAGACUAAAAGGUGCAAACUGAAAUGAUUAAAGAUUCUGUUUUCCUCUAGUUUGAGUUGAUAUAAAUUUGAAUGUAUUUGGUAUUGUUCUCAAAACGCAAUGUACUUUUUGUUCCACAAAUAAUAGAAGCUUUAGGAGCUCCAAAUAGUAACACAAGUUUUGAUCUACUUGGACUUCUCUUCACCUUAGUUUUCUCAAGACAUAUAAAACCUCUUUUAUCUCCAAGUCUAGGAUCAAUGAAACCAGGGAUACUUUACCACUGAGCUACAUCCCCAGCCUUUAUUUUGAGACAGGGUUUCACUAAAUUGCCCAGGCUGACCUUGAAAUUUUUUCUUUUACUCUAAUUUGUUAUGUAUGACGGCAGAACACAUUACAAUUCAUAUUACACAUAUAGAGCACAAUUUUUCAUCUUUGGUUGUAUGCAGUCACACUAUUCGUGUCUUCAUACAUGUACUUAGGGUAAUGAUGUCCAUCUCAUUCCACCGUCUUUCCUAACCCCAUGCCCUCUCCUUUCACCUCCCUCCCCUUGAGUUUUUGAUCAUUCUGCCUCAGCCUCCCGAGUUGCUGGGAUUACAGGUGUGCACUACUGCACCUGGCUAAUUUCUUUUUUACUCAUUACUUUCAUAUUUUACACACAAAUUACAAAUGGAAGAUACUGGGUUCCAAUGUUUUUUUCCCAGUUUUCCUUACGCUGUCUUUCUCAAAACUCUUAAGCUGGGUGUGGUGGCUCAGGAGGCUGAGGCAGAAGGAUCACAAGACUUGCCUCAGCAACUUCAGACCCUGUGUGAAAAAAUUAAAAAGGGUCGAGGAUGCAGCUCAGUGAUAAAGUGCCCCUGGGUUCAAUCCCCAGUACCAAAAUAAAUAAAAAUUUAAAAUACUCUAUCAAUCACAAUUAUUUAAUGGAGACGCAAGGAGUGAUUAAUUCAAGAAAACCUAGAAGUUUUAGUCACUCAUUGCCCAGAAAAGUCUAACAGUGCUAAAGAAAAUUCUGAGAAUUCUUCCACCAAGAGAAAGGAGAAAGCUACUUACCAUAAUACUAUUAUUAGAUAUGACCACCCUUGAAAGAGCAGUUAGUACUAUCUGAAACAAAUAGGAAGCAUCUCAAUGUAGCUAAAAGCAUUUUUCCCCCCAAAAGUGUACUCUUUGUAAGGAACAAGUAACUGCUUUGCCCACAAGUAACUGCUUAAUUACACCUAAACUGGUUUUACUUCUGGUGAUGUUGAAGAGUAGAGCUAACAAGGGAUUUGCCCUAAAGCAAUUAAAUCACUGGAGACUGGUGCAGUGGGGCAAGCUGGGAAUUCCAGCUACUCAGGAGGCUGAGGGGGGAGGAUUCCAAAAUUGAGGCUUAUUUAGGGAGGCCAUGUCUGAAAAAAAGCAUGUUGGGGAUUAUUAAGUCAGUGGGACAAUGCUUGCCUAGCAUGUGCAAGGCCCUGGGUCUGAUCCCUAGCACUACAAAAAACAACAAAAAAGACAAAAUUCUUAGUAGCAAAGCUAUGUAGAAAAUUAACUUGUGUGGACUUCCUCCUGACCAAACAAGAUAGGAUAAAUGUUCAUUUUACCAGCAUUCCUCAGGUGAACUGCUAAAAGACAAGGCAGUGUGCUAAAUGUUUUACCAAUAGAUCAAUAAACUACCACAAAAAAGAAAGUGUUAAUGGUAAGAAAUUAAUCACAAAUCACCAAAUAGGAUGGGCUUAAAAAACAAACUUUAUUCCAAUUACCACAAAAAGUAUGUUAACUUUUUAUACUUUUUUUAAAAGUAUGUUAACAGAUUUGAAUUUAACUCAUAGUCACAUAACUCAAAACAGCAAAGAGUUUGUGUGUUUAACUGCUUUUAAUAACAAAACUUUAUAAGAGGGAACAGACCCCCACACAAUUUGGGAGCUAUUUAGGCAAGCAAAUAUUAAGCAAAAGCAUUAAAAGCUAAAAAUCCUCAAAUUUA